CUACCUCACGUUAUACCCUUUUAGAUUCCCUCUGAAACCAUGGCGGUCGGAUACGGACCUCCGAUCUAUCCUCCUGCACAAACCUACCACAGUCAUGGCCGACGCCGCGGCGGCGAAGUAGGUUGCAGCGUCUGCCGCUGCUUCUUAAACUGCCUCGGUUGCUGCGGCGGUUGCAUCCUAAGCAUCGUCUGCAACAUCCUCAUCGGUAUAGCCGUUUGCCUCGGAGUCGUCGCUUUGAUCCUCUGGUUCAUACUCCGACCCAACGUCGUGAAGUUCCAAGUCACGGAAGCUAAUUUAACGAGAUUCGAUCUCGAACCACAGAGCAAUAGACUACAUUACAACCUCUCGUUGAGUUUCUCGGUUCGUAACCCUAAUCAACGUCUCGGGAUACAUUAUGAUCGGUUAGAGGCGAGGGGUUAUUACGGUGACCAGCGUUUUGCUGAGGUGGAUAUGAAGUCGUUUUACCAGGGACGUAAGAGUACGAAGGAGAUUGGGACGGAGUUGAACGGAGAGAGUUUGGUUUUGCUGGGUUCCGGUGGCCGGAAGGAUCUCAGGGAGGAUAGGAAGUCUGGGGUUUACAGGAUCGACGUGACGCUGAGGUUUAAGAUCAGGUUUAAGUUUGGGUUUUUGAACUCGUGGGCCUUUAAGCCCAAGAUUAAGUGUCAUCUCAAGGUUCCGUUGAGUUCCUCUGGUUCCACCGGAGGGUUGCAGUUUCAUCCUACCAAGUGCCACGUUGACCUCUAAAACAA